GAGCCGGCAGCUUUAUUAGUAAGCGUUUCCCAGUCUUCGGGGAAAUCUAAUUUCUCAAAUAGAUCAGAGCCUCUUCAAACGCAGCUUUCAGUUGCCAUCCACCGGGGGACAAACGGGGAGGAGGAAGUUUGUCAGAAAAGACCUUCUCUGAGCCCAAGAGUGAUUACCAGAGGUGUCUCCAUCGACUGCCACCCACCUAAAGUCGAUAGUACUCGAAUGAGUACGCCGGUGCGGACUAUAUAAGAGAAGCGCAUGGCCCUGGAGGGCGCAUCCCCCCUCCCCGGGCUCAGCACCGACCGCCCCGCUCCGCGCCCGGCGGAGCCUCGGCGGGGACACGGGCUCUCGGGCGACGGCAGAGGACGUCUGGCCCCGGCCCGCGGCCGCUCGCCGGGGUUUGCCCGUGCUUGAAGGAAGCGCCGCAGAGAUGCGAGGGGCGAAGAAACGCCAGGCGCUGCCCGCCAUCGUGCUCCUGCUGCUGGCCUCGGCCCCGCCGCCGCCGGGCGCCGAGGGCAGGGACGUGCCCGCCGCCGGAGCCGAGCGGGGGGCGCUCCUCGACCUGCUCCUGCAAGCCCUGGGCGACGACGGCCGCCCGCUGCCCCCCCGGCCCCCACGGCGGGACCGGGUCAUCUCCCGGCGGUACAGUGGCGGCGCCCCGCCGCCCGACCCCAGACCCAUCACCGCCGCCGCCGCCGCCCCCCGGCAGCCCCCUGCGGUACGAGAAAUUUUCCCAAGAGAUUCCAGUCUAAAAGACAAGUUCAUAAAACAUUUUACAGGGCCAGUCACAUUUUCAUCAGAGUGUAGCAAGCACUUUCAUCGGCUGUAUCACAACACAAGGGACUGCUCAACGCCAGCUUAUUAUAAAAGGUGUGCAAGGUUGCUAACAAGAUUAGCAAUGAGCCCUUUGUGUACACAGUCCUAGGAUGUUUGUUAUACUUUCUACUAAGGAGAGAAUUCUGAUUUGCCAAGAAAGUGCCUUGAAAUCUUCCAAGACAGAGAAGACAUCUUUUACCUUUUUGAUUUACAACAUUUUGUUACUAGAUGCAUUUUAUUUUCAUAUAUUUGUUGGACAUUCCAUAUUUGUGUGAAACAUUUUAUUUUAAUUUGUAAAUUUGUUGCCUAUAGUUCAGACAAGACAAUUAUUUAAAUACAUUGUAUAUAAAGAAUACUAAUAAUAUACUGAUUAAAUGUUAUAACCACAUGCAGGGAGUUGGUAAAAAAAUUGGUGUUUCUCUUGUUCCAUUGUAUUUACAUCAUUUUGCUCAGGCUCUUACUUUCAUUAUUUGCACUAACUUGAAAUGCUGAAGUCUAUGUAACUGAAAUCUGAAUAAGCUGUGGGGAAGUUUUACUUGCCAUGGAAGAUAUUUUAUAUUAUGAAGCUUUGUUAAUAUAUACAUAUAUAUUAUUGCGCAUCAGAAAAAAAAUGCUCAGAAAUGCACCUUGCUUUCAGGAACAUUUGUAUGACUAUUUGGGAUUAUCAUCAGUUACAUUUGUACUGGCACUUAUGGAAAGAGUUGCAAAUAAUGUAAAUAUAAAGACUGGAAAACUGCAAUGCAGUUUUGGUGGAAUAAAGAACAUAAAAAGAAACCGUUUCCCAGGGUGGGUAUUUAAAUUUAUUAAGGGGUUACUUAUUUAAUACACAUCUUUAAUUUACCUGGUGAAGUCAAAAUAAUUUUCCACUGAGAACUACAAACUCGUGGGUUUACCUUUUUUGCAUUUUUUUUUUUAAGUAAAUUUUAUUCAGGCAUUUAUUCUUCAGCUAAAUGCGGUGCCAACAAAAACACAUUAUGCACCCACUGUGAACAACAGAAACCUUCUGUGAGUGUGAAAAGAGCAUAAUAGCCCUGUAGAAGAGAAAAUACUGAGGGAAAAUAGUAUCAUAAAAUUGUAUCAUAAACUGAAGGGCAUAAUGAAAGUAUUUGGCUGGUAACACAUCAAACAAAUAUUUGGGAAGAUUCCAAAGCACAAUUACUUUCUUAUUUAAACUUAAAUUGUGGUGUUAACAGUUGCUACCCAUUUGUCUCAGUUCUAUUAUUCCGAGUAUUUUUGAUUGAUUGUCAAAGAAUCUGGUAUGAAGUAAGAAGCGAGAAUUUUAUGGUCAGGCAUAGAGUAAUUGACAACACAUGUUCACUGUGCCCAGAUCACAAUUCUUGUGAUUAAUUGACCAUUGAAAAGCACUGCCCCAGAUUGGUUGUGCCAUCCUUUCCCUCAGUGUAGGCUUUGUGAUCCUGAUACUUCUAUGGCCACUUAUGAGGAAAGACUAAGUGAGCUGGGCCUGUUUAGCCUAGAGAAGAAGAGAUGGAGAGGGGACCUUAUCAACCUUUAUAAAUACCUUUGGGGACAACGUAAAGAGGAUGAGGCCAAACUCUUCUCAGUGGUGUCCAGUGACAGGACAAGGGGUAAUGAGUAUAAAUUGAAGUACAGGAAGUUUCAUUGCCGUAUAUGGAAGAACUUUAUGGUUCAGGUGACAGAGAAGAAGGAGCAUACAGGAAGAAGCUGCCCAGAGAUGUUGUGGAGUCUCCUUCUUUGGAGAUAUUCAAAACCCACCUGGAUGUGAUCCUGUGUAAUGUGCUGUAGGUGAGUGGGGGCUUGGGCUAGAUGAUCUCCGGAGGUAACUCCCAACCUCAACCAUUCUGUGAUUCUGUGAUUACUUCUCCCUCUACAGAAUAGCAGGGAAAUGUUGCUCUGAG